GGGAGGAGACGAGCAGAGCCGAACACAAUCGGGUCACGCCGAACAGACGAACGCACGCAGGUGCGGCAGAGCCGAYUAGACCCGAACUGAGCCGAACGCAGCCGGGCCGAGACGAUUAGACGCGAACCGAGCCGGGCGCAGACGAUUGGACCCGAGCAGAGCCGAGAGCCCCGGGACCGCCCGCGCUGCCGCAUGGCCGAGAAGAAGCUGAUCGUGGUGUUCGGGGCCACCGGGGCCCAGGGGGGCAGCGUGGCCCGGGCGCUGCUGUUCGAUGGGACCUUCAAGGUGCGCGCCGUGACGCGGAGCCCCAGGAAGAGGGCGGCGGAGGAGCUGAGGCGAAGGGGAGCCGAGGUGGUGAAGGCAGAUCAGGACGAUGAGGCAUCGCUGGAGCGGGCCUUGGCCGGUGCCUAUGGAGCCUUUAUUAUCACCGACUUCUGGGAACACUGCAGCAAGGAGAAGGAAAUCGAGCAGGGGCAGCGUCUUGCUGACCUGUCCAAGCGCCAAGGUCUACGCCAUGUUGUGUUCAGUGGCCUGGAGAACGUGCACAAGCUGACGGGAGGCCAGCUGGAGGUGCUGCACUUUGAUGGCAAAGGUGUGGUGGAGGAGUAUUUCCAGAAAAUUGGGGUUCCCACCACCAUCAUCCGGAUGCCCUUCUACUUSGAGAACUUCCUCUCCAUCUUCAAGCUGCAGAAGGCCCCGCAGGGAGACACCCUUGUCCUGGAGUUGCCCUUGGAGGACACCCCAAUGGAYGGGAUGGCCGUGGAGGACCUUGGGGCUGUUGUGCUUUGCCUGCUGAAGUCCCCAGGGGAGUACAUUGGCCAAGUGAUAGGACUCAGCACAGGCAAGCUCACUGAGGAAGAGUAUGCUGCCAUUCUCUCCCAGCAGACGGGCAAGAUUGUGGCAGCCAGCAAGAUCUCCCCUGAGGAGUACGAGAAGCGGGACUUCCCCGGGGCCAAGGAGCUGGCUGCCAUGUUCCGCUUCUACGCCCUAAAGCCAGACCGCAACGUGGCCCUGACCAUGAAGCUCAACCCCAAGGCCCGCACCUUCCAGCAGUGGGUGGCUGACAACAAGGAUGCCUUCUGAGCCUCUCCUCCCUCUUGCUCCCUGGUUUCUGCAGCAGGCAGGGGGACCUGGCUGAGGAGGCGAGGUGCCCUGAGCCAYGCUGCCUGCCCAGUAAUGCCCCAGGGAGAGGCUGAUCCUGCCCCAGCUGGGGAGAGCUCGGCCCACAUGCUGGUCCAUGUGUGUGWUCCUGCAGUGUGGUUGAGACUAUUUAGGCAGCUAGAACAAGARGAAGGGCUGUAGAGCACAGGCAGAGGGGUAGCAAAAGCGCUACCUUUGCACAGUCCUCAGGGAGGUGUUGCUUUAGUCAUUCUGGGUGUCUUAGGGUGGCGGGGGCUUGUUUUCCCAGGAUCACCCUUUCCCAGGCAGCUUUGAACAUACUACACCAUGUGGUGGGCUGAAGGUGUGUAACCCUGCACCCCAAAGGCAGUGCCUUCAGGGCAGGUAUUUAUGGCCAGGGCUGCUGCAGGCUCUUAAGCCAACAGAAAACACAGGGAUUUCUCCAGGGACCUGGUUUGUGCAUAGCAGGUGAGCCAGCAGAGAGAUGGACCCCUGGCUCAGUGCCACCUCAGUAAAUGGGGAUGGUAUAGUGACUUCCUGUGAGUGUAACAAAAGUGGAGUUUGAUUCCUCAAGUCCUCCAGCUCUGGGCCUGGUCUUUGGGCUCUUAGGGCCAAUUUCAAUCACUUUGGGCUCUUGGAGCUAAUUUUAAUCAGUGUCCCUAAGAGCUAAGAUUAAACUCAGUUUUCUCAAGACUGUCCAAGGCUCAGUAGAAAAGCCCCUUCUGCCUCACCCCCAUGUGCUUA